AUGUCUCUGGAGUUACCAAAGAGGAUAUUUAAGGAGGGUGAGGAGCCCCAAGUGAAUCAGAUCAACAACAAUUGCAGGAUCGAGUACAUCAUUACAAAGUUCAAAACCUGGCUCCCGAAUGAGUUGGCGGCUGUGAAGAAGGAUCCUGUUUUUUCUCAGAUUUUUAAGCUUCAUGACAAUGGUCUUGGGUACUCCGCGCGAGUGAUACACAGCUUCUUGUGUAGGGAGCUGGUGACUUACAAGCAAAAGGAGCUUUGGUUUGUCUUUGCGAGAAGAGCACUUCGUUUUUCUUUACAAGAAUUCCACGCAGUAACCGGAUUUGAGUGCAACACUGGUAUCUCUCUUACCGAGUUUGAUGAUUGGGAAGAUGAUGAUGGUUUCUGGAGCAGGGUGUUGAGGACCAAAGAUACAACAAUUACACUCUUCAACUUGUGGAAUAAGCACAAGUUAUCGGUCAACAAGUGGAAGAAUGCUGAUCGGAUUCGACUUAUCUACUUGGCACUCAUUCUUUGCGUGGUUUUAGCAAGAGAUGAGAAGGCUAUUAUCCCCUUCAAAUACAUCAAGCUGGUCAUGGAUCUUGAGAAGCUUCGAAGGUAUCCUUGGGGUGUUGAUGCGUAUGACCACCUCUGCAAGUCAAUAGCCAAAACGCGUGACACACUGAAGGAUAAGACUAGUAGUUAUGUACUAGAUGGUUUCUCCUACGCCUUACAGAUUUGGGCUAUGGAAGCUGUACCAAAGAUUGGGAAGCUAUGUGGAAAAAGAUUGGACAAACAAUUCAGUAAUGGUCCUAGAUGCAUCAACUGGAGGGGAGCUGCAAAGGUGUCAUAUGAUGAGAUCAUUCGUUUGGAGGAAAUUAUUACACCUGAGGAUGUCAUGUAUCCAUACAUCUCAUGGGAAGGGAAUAUGGUUGUAAUCGUAAGUGAUAUAUUUCGCCGAGAUGAUGAAGUGGAGGAUGAUAGAGUGAAGGUCCUGAUGGAGUUGAUAAGGAAGAACCAUGACUUCAGUAAUCAUAUAUGGGAAUAUGAAGAAAUUGCAGAGGUUUCUUUAGAUCUUGAAGCUGAAGCACCCACUCCAGUUGCAGCAACUGAGGUUGAUCAAGAUUUUCAGACACCACAAGGGUCAAGUAAUGUGGGCGUUACAGCAAAGAAGGGCAAGAAGAGGCUCCCUGAUCGUGGAAUGGAAAAAAGGAAGCAUAAGGUUCUCUCAAGCCGAUCAAACCAAGCCCCUUUUACUGAAGAGAUGAAGGCUUUUAUGACACAAUUGUUUGAGCAAAGUUUCAGUGGAAUGGAACAAAGGCUACAAAAACAGAUGACUGAGACAUUUGAGAAAAUGCAGUCAGAGCUGAAAGAAUCUUGUAAGGCUGCAAGCGAGGAAGUUGAGCAUGGAGCGCCUUCACCAAGCAAGCCAUCUACUAGAGAGCCUUCACCAAGCAAGCCAUCUACUAGCGAGCCAUCUUUGAGGAGGUCCAAACGCGGGGAAUCAUCCCCGACUCGAGUUGAUCUAAAUUUCAGUGAAGCCGAGGAUAUUUUCGAAGGGAUAGGUACGCAAGGUGUUGAACGAUUAUCACAGGCCUCUCAUGUACCCAACUUUGAUCCUUCUCAGAACAGUAAGGAAGAAGACUGGUGGACUCCAAUGACUUCAGCCCGAGUUUCAAAAAAGAAACCAGCGAAAGGAAAUACAGCUCCACCGCCGGCAGAGUGGGAGAGAUGGACUAAAGCAAAAGGUAAAGGACUUCAUCUUAGUGAUACACCAUUGCCUCAAGAUGGUUCUCCGGAGUCGUCACUUUAUCAUUUCGGCGAAGAUUCAUGGAAUCGAUUCACGGCAUGGUCUUUGAAUCCUAAACCUUUACCAAUUGGUCCAUCAAUCUUAAACUUGUCGGUAGCUACAAGGAUGGUAUGUCUUGGACAAUGGCUUGGGAAUGAGGAAAUGGAUGCUUUCAUGUUCAUAUGGCGAGUGAACACCACUUUGGAGCGUUGGGCCCCAAGACGUGUUGCGUUCAUGAACGCUAUGUUUUGCUUACAAAUAAAUGCUGCAUACAACAAUUUCUCGGUUGACAGAAGAGGCUAUGACUUGCCUGAUUUUCUUCUUGGAUAUGGUAGAGGUGAGCUUCCAUCUCACGGGCGGAAUGAUCAAGUUUGGGGUGUUGAUGUAGAUCGUCUCUACUUUCCUCUAUUUGUGAAUGGUAAUCACUGGAUUGCUGUCUGCAUCAACAUCAUUGAGAAAAGGGUGCAAGUCUUUGAUUGCAGUCGAGGAAGGAAUAGGCAACACGUUGAGAAGUUUGCUGCUUUGAUUCCAAGGAUAGUGAAGGCUGUGGCACCACCUCAAAGCAAGAAACAACUACUUCUUCAGCCAUAUUCUAUCGUAGAGGUACCUAUGAAGGCACGAUUGAAUAAGUCUUGUUGUGAUUGCGGGGUGUACGCACUGAAACACUUGGAAUGCCACCUCCUUGGUCUCGACCUCAGUCUAGUGGAUGACGAAAACAUCCAGGGUUGCAGACAGAAGAUUGCUGUGGACUUAUGGGAGGCUACACACGAUCCCAUUUAUGCAGAGGCUAUGAAACAAUAUGUCCCCUCACCUUGGGAGAGGUCUGGGUCCUAUGAUCUCGAAGACUAG